AUGACAAGACACAUUGCCGCCCAUCUCAAAUCACUAGCUCUGCUUUCUAUUCGAAAUAUCGGAGAUAAUACUUUAUCUACGGGAUCUAGCGACUCGAACAGGGCCACUAUUGACAGCCUUGACAACAUGGUCAAGCGCCAAGGCGAGGCUCCUGACAAUUUACUGCUGCCUCAGGCGGGAGAUAAAAAUCCACCAUACGUCGAAAGUGCCAUUGAUCACCAAGACUUCCUCCCGCUAGACUCUUUUCAGAGUUUAAUCACGGCUGAGAGUGUCCAAAGGGUUAUCAAAUCCUUGACUGAGGACAAUAGCAUAAUACAGACACUUGUUGAGUUUGUAAUCAUGAAAGCUAAGAAAGUGUUCGCGAUACUCGCUGUUACUGGCAUGGAAAUCAUCCCUGCUCUUGAAUCACUGCAACAGUACGAGUUCACGGACGCUCACCUCCCGAUUACUCGGGAUAUUGACCUUCAUAAUUGCAAGAUAAACAAUGUCGAUAGAGAAUGCAAUCAUCCGCCUGCUUUCAACGCCUUCCACAGCUCACCGUGGGAUAUGGUUAUGCUGCGAACGUUUUAUAACGAGCAGUGGAAAUUUCUUGCUCCAGUAUUCUCACACGACCGCCGCACCCAAAACCUCCAGCUCAAGUGUAUUCUGCCAUUCAUUGAACCACCCUUCAGCCAUGAACCGCGCAAGUCAAGUUUCUUUAGUGAUGUGUACCAGGUGCAGAUCCAUCCCAGUCAUCGGAGCACCCAAUUUCCUAUGAAUCGGAAUAAUACGCUCUUAGCCAUAAAGGAGCUCCGUCCAACCUCGGAGAUGCCGGAUGGCUUCGGGCCGGUCAAUUUGUUUGAACGGGAAGUGUUGAUACUUGAAAAGCUAGCCGACUUUGAUCACGACCAUCUGGUUACACUUAGCGGUUCCUUUUCGCGAGGUGACAGACACUACAUCUUGUUUCCAUGGGCCAAUGGAGGGAAUUUGAGAGAAUUUUGGGUGAAGGACCCGCGCCCGCUGAACCGGGAAUUCAUGUUGGAGGUUCUCAAGCAACUUACGGGUCUAAUGCAUGCCCUUUGCCUGAUGCAUAAUGGAGGAUUCCGGCACGGUGAUCUCAAACCGGAAAACAUUCUUAUCUUCCCCGAAGAUGGGCGUCAGGGCAGAAUCGGGACAUUGAAGAUUUCCGACAUGGGGCAGGCCCAGUGCCACCAAUACCAAACUAGUCGCAGAUCACAGCCAACGCAAACGCGGAUUGGAACUAUGACAUAUGAAGCCCCCGAGGCCGUGGUUUCUAUUAACACGCCCAGAUCGAGGCUCUAUGACGUUUGGUCCAUGGGGUGUAUUUUCUUUGAAUUUAUUGUCUGGCUAUUGGAAGGUCCAGCUGGAUUAGAGGAAGUUGCCCGAGACACCCGGAAUGGAACGGGCCAAGCCACCUUCUUCAGUAUUAAGCCCGGAAACGAAGGGGGCUUGCAAGCAGACUUGCAAGCAGACUUGCAUUCCGCGGUUCGCAGGCGAUUGGAGAACUUUUUGCAGCAUGAAGCAUGGACGGUCGAUACCUCGCUGGGGGACCUGAUCAGAGUGGUGUCAAACCAGAUGCUGGUGAUUGCCCUGCCUCAAGGGGGUAGCUUCGACAGGGGCUCGGCGUCAGUUGCAUCAAGUCUUCCUGCUGAGCCAGGGGCGGGGUUAUCGGCGUCUCCCGAAGCUAGUCUGAUCUUUACCCUUACCCCGGCAAGCUCUUCUUCAUUACCAAAUGCUUAUAUCAAACAGCGCGCGGACGCUUGCACGAUAAUGGAAACCCUAAAACGGAUUUGUGGUAAGUCAGAAGAGGAUGGCACGUACUUAUUACCGUCACCCAAGCAGUAA